AUGUUGAUCACGAGUAGCGAUGCAUCUGUGUCUAGAAGAGUCAUGAUGCUUGACUAUUACAGCGCUUACACAGUGUGCAUUAGCCCUUGCCUUUUCUCCAGAAAAGCAAGCAUUCACUCCAACUCCCACUCCACACCAGAAGCAUCCACUCUCCAACUCUCACUCUACACCAGAAGCAUUCACUCCAAUUCCCACUCCAUGCCAAAAGCAUUCACUCCAAUUCCCACUCCACGCCAGAAGCAUUCACUCCACCUCCCACUCCACACCAGAAGCAUUCACUCCAAUUCCCACUCCACGCUAGAAGCAUCCACUCCCAAUUCCCACUCCACACCAGAAGCAUUCACUCCACCUCCCACUCCACACCAGAAGCAUUCACUCCAAUUCCCACUCCACGCCAGAAGCAUUCACUCCACCUCCCACUCCACACCAGAAGCAUUCACUCCAAUUCCCACUCCACGCCAGAAGCAUCCACUCCCAAUUCCCACUCCACACCAGAAGCAUUCACUCCACCUCCCACUCCACACCAGAAGCAUUCACUCCAAUUCCCACUCCACGCCAGAAGCAUUCACUCCAAUUCCCACUCCACGCCAGAAGCAUUCACUCCCAAUUCCCACUCCACGCCAGAAGCAUUCACUCCAAUUUCCACUCCACGCCAGAAGGAUUCACUCCACCUCCCACUCCACGCCUGAAGCAUCCACUCUCCAACUCCCACUCUGCACCAGAAGGGCCCACUCUCCAACUCCCACUCCACACCAGAAGCAUCCUCUCCAACUCCCACUCUGCACCAGAAGGACCCACUCUCCAACUCCCACUCCACACCAGAAAAGCAUCCACUCUCCAACUCCACACCAGAAGCAUCCACUCUCCAUUUCCCACUCCACACCAGAAACAUUCACUCCAAUUCCGACUCCACACCAGAAGCAUCCACUCUCCAACUCCCACUCCACACCAGAAGCAUCCACUCCAACUCCCACUCCACACCAGAAGCAUCCGCUCCAUUUCCCACUCCACGCCAGAAGAUUUACUCCAAUUCCCACUCCACACCAGAAAAGCAUCCACUCCAACUCCCACUCCACCCUCCACAACUGGAGAAUCGACACGGAGUAA